AUGUUCACUCGCAGCUUUUUGCCUCUCCUUACCCUCAUGGCCUGCAGCUUGGCCUUCCCGUUUGUGAAACGGGACUGCGCCUUUUCAGCCGAUGCAAAUGACGGAGACACCUGUGCCUCUCUGGCAGCUGCUUGGGGCAUCACCGAAGCACAGUUCAAGAGCUACAACCCCAGCGUUAAGGACUGUUCUGCCCUCAGGUCCGGCUCGUUGUACUGCGUUGAGUGGACUGGCCUGGCAGAGGGCCAGUCCACAACAACGGUAGUGACCUCAACAUCCACCUCAAAGGAGGCAAGCACCACCUCCAAAGACUCUCCAUCUCCAACCCAGCCUGGGGCGACGUCGAAGUGCACAAAGUGGGUGCAACAGACGGGAGAUAAAUACUGUGCUGAAAUCGCCGCUACCAACGGCGUGUCCCUCGCUGAGUUCCUCAAGUGGAACAACAUCAAGGCCGACUGCUCCAACCUCGUCGCUGGUAACUACGAGUGCGUGGCAGUGAGCGGCACCACCAAGGCUAAGAAGCCGACCAGCAGUCUCCCAGGCCACGGGGCAGAGCCUGGGACCAUCUCUAGCUGCAAGAAGAUUCACCUGAUCAAGUCGGGCGACUCGUGUGCUAGCAUCGAAAAGCAUUACCGCAUAACGGAUGCGCAGUUUCGCAAAUGGAAUACUAAGCUGAAUGGCAAGUGCAACAACUUGUGGCUGAAUUAUAAUGUGUGCGUUGGCAUUUAA